AUGGGGGCCAUGGUGCCUCGCAUGCUGCUCCUGAUGCUGGUGGCCGCCCUAGCCCCGACCCAGACCCACGAGGGCUCACACUUGCUGCGGUAUUUCUCCACUGCUGUGUCCCGACCCGGCCUCGGAGAGCCCCGGUUCAUUAUCGUCGGCUACGUGGACGACACACAGUUCGACGCGGAGAAUCUGAGGAUGGAGCCGCACACGCCUUGGGUGGAGCAGGAGGGGCCAGAGUAUUGGGAGCGGCAAACACAGAGAGCCAAGUUCAAUGAGCGGGUUUACCGAGGGAACCUGAGGAACCUGCUUGGCUACUACAACCAGAGCGAGGGCGGCUCUCACACGCUCCAGUGGAUGUAUGGCUGUGACAUGGGGUCGGACGGGAGCCUCCUCCGCGGGUAUAAUCAGCUCGCCUACGACGGCCGCGAUUACAUCACCCUGAACGAAGACCUAAAAACGUGGACCGCAGCGGACAUGGCAGCGCAGAUCACCCGACACCAGUGGGAGCAGACUGGUGAAGCAGAGAGACAGAGGGCCUACCUGGAGGGCAGAUGUGUGGAGUGGCUCCGCAGAUACCUGGAGCUCGGGAAGGAGACGCUGCUGCGCACAGAUCCCCCAAAGGCCCAUGUGACUCAUCAUCCCAGAGCUGAAGGUGAAGUCACCCUGAGGUGCUGGGCCCUGGGCUUCUACCCUGCUGACAUCACCCUGACCUGGCAGUUGAAUGGGGAGGAGCUGACCCAGGACAUGGAGCUUGUGCAGACCAGGCCUUCAGGGGAUGGAACCUUCCAGAAGUGGGCAUCUGUGGUAGUGCCUUCAGGGGAGGAGCAGAGUUAUACUUGCCAUGUGGAACAUGAGGGGCUAUCGCAGACUCUCACCCUGAGAUGGGGAAAGGAAGAGCCUCCUCCAUCCACCAACUACAACAUGGUGAUCAUUGCUGUUCUGGGUGUCAUUGGAGCUGUGGCCAUCAUUGGAGCUGUGGUGGCUUUUGUGAUGAUGAGGAGGAGAAACACAGGCAAGGACAGCUCCCAGAGCUCUGAUAUGUCUCUCCCAGAAUGUAAAGCAUGAAGACAGCAGCCUGGAGUGGACUGAGUGACAGACAGUGUGUUGAGGUCUCUCCUGUGACGUCCAGAGCCCUCAGUUCUCUUUAGACAACAGUGUCUGAUGUUCCCUGUGAUCCUAUGGGCUCAAUGUGAAGAACUGUGGAGCCCAGCCUGCCCUGCACACCAGGACCCUGUCCCUGCACUGCCCGUGUUCCCUUCCACAGCCAACCUUCCUGGUCCAGCCAAACACUGGGGACAUCUGCAUCCUGUCAUCUCCAUGCUGCCCUGAGCUGCAGCUCCUCAUUUCCACACUGAGAAUAAGAAUCUGAAUGUGAACUUGAUUGUUAACAUCUUGACCUGAGGGUAGAUUUCUUGUUAAGUUAAUGGAUUGAUAAUACUUAGAUUUUUUUUGAAGAAAUAAAUGGCAGAUACAGAACCUUCCAGAA